AUGUCUUCCUCGUCCGUCGCCACCCCUUCCGCUACCGCCACUGCCAUCCCGCAGGUCUCGGGCAUUCCUGAGCAGUGCUACGGCAAGUCGGCCCUCAAGGUCGAGGACUACAAGUGGAACGGCACUGUCGCGGGCACCGACAGCGUCUGCGCCGCCAACUACAACGACAUCACGCUCUACUGCUGCCAGCAGGCUGGUGGCUCUGCGGCGUGGGGCGAGAAGAACGCGACCGCGUCCGCCGUCGCGGCCGCCUUCAACCGUGUCGCCAAGAACGCCAACGGCACCGCGUCCCCCGACUGCGGCCUGCAGCUCUGCAAGCUCCCUUCCGACAAGGAGGCCGACUUCAUGUACUGCCAGAGCGAGCACGGGGCCGAGGGCUCGUGCCAGACCAAGAACGCCUCCGCCGCCGCCGCCGGCGCCGCCGGCGACAAGAAGGAGGAGGACAAGAAGGAGUCCGCCGCCGUCCGCCUCUCUCCCGCCGGCAUUGCCAUGGCCGUCACCUUCCUCGCCUCGGCCGUCCUUGCCCUCUAA